AUGCCGCAGAUGUUCACUCCUCCCAAUCCAUCCUCAUCGUCGUCAUCGAAUCCACCUGCAUUAUCGUUAUCGCCUAUAGCGACGACGACAUCUCGAAGGAGAGGUCUACCAGCUAGAUCUUCCCUGUCCAACAGUUUCACUUUCGCUCCUAUGAUAGAUCCUUCAAUGGAUAUCUCUUAUGGGGAUGGCGAUGGAGAUGGAAUUGGGAAUGGGAGUAACGACAGUUUCUCGUUCUCUUAUCCAUCACGUUCAAAGACUAAACAGAAAUUGAAUUUCAUCGGCUCGAUGGAACAAGGUAAUAGAGGUAUAUCACAAGUCUCACCUAGAUCAAAACCAAAAUCGAAAUCGAGAUUGGACUCAAACAAAUCAAGAUUAUCAUCGUCUAAUGGAUCUGAAAAGACUGCUACUCCUUCAGCUGGAAUCAACAACAAUAAAGGUAUACCAGUUUCAAAUACAAGAGUCAGAUCUAGGUUAGGUGAAACUUCACCUGAAAGAGAAAAACGUUUAUCUAGAACCAGAAGAACGUCACCUAGGAGAAAGACUAAUUCACAAGAGUUGUUAGAUAGCGUGAGAAGCGAUGGAGAUGAAGAAGAACAUUUACAUUUUCAGAUUCAAGAGCAAGAAGCAGAAGAACAAGCAGAAGAAGAAGAUGUCAACUGGAGUAUGAUUGACUCGAUGAGAAUAUGGAGACAUGAUGCUAUAAUGCAGCACUUGUAUGAGACCGCCGCCUUCUGGGGUGAUAAGAUAUUAUCUUGGACAGGUAACCCAAACGAUGCAUUCUGGUUAGCUCAAACUCAUUUCCUUACUGGACAUUAUAUUCGAGCAGAAAAACUAUUGACAGAUCCCGCACCGUCAAGACCCAAGAAUAGUAUAUCUUCGAGAAUCAGUAACAACGGAAAAGGUAAAGGUAAAUCUGAUGAAGAUGAUCUGAUGAACGGACAACCUGAACCAAUUGAACAUGGACAUGGACAUGGGCAAAAUGGAUUCGCUCGCAAUAAUGAUGCAAUAGCAGAUACACCGAUAAUUGGAGGAAGAAGAUUAGUGGAUGAAAGUUUAGCUUGUAGAUAUCUAGCUGCACAAUGCUUAGUACAUCAGGAGAAAUAUCAUGAAGCUCUAGAGUUGUUAGGUGAAUCCAAUCCAUUCAAGGAGACUGUCGGUGACCAAGGUAUGGAUACACCUUCAGAGGACGAAGGUAUCAAACUCCAUUCGUCGAUAUGUCAUUUACGUGCUUUACUCCAUUUAAGAUUAUCGUCGUUCGCUUUGGCAAAAGAAUCAUUCAUGGAAGCUUUGAUGUUGGAUGUGAAGAAUUAUGAUGCUUUCAGGGAACUGAUAGAAGGUGGGAUGAUGUCUGAGAAGGAAGAAUGGGAAUUCAUACGUAAUUUAUCGUAUCGAAAACAACUUUCAGAAGAAGAUGCGAAUUUUGUGAAAAUGAUUUACAUGACUAAAUUGAAAAAGGACGGUCAUGUCAAAGAGGUUACUGAGGCUAGAGAAGCUUUGACUACUCAUUAUGGAUUAGGGGAUAAUUGUGAUGUCUUGGUUGGAUUAGCAGAUGAAUUAUACGCAAAGUAUAAAUGGGAAGAUUGUUACAAUGUUACAUCAAAGAUACUAUCACGAAUACCAGGUCAUCCAACAGCACUUCCACUUCAUCUAGCAUGUAUGCAUCAUAUACUUCGACUGAGAUCAUCAUUAUUCAUGAUAGCUCAUGAUUUGGUGGAACAAGAUCCUCAAGCUGCAACAACUUGGUAUGCGGUUGGAUUGUGGUAUUUCAGUGGGAAACGAUGGGCGGAAGCAAGACGUUAUUUUAGUAAAGCAAAUUUGAUUGAUUCAAGAUUCGCUCCUGCUUGGAUAGCAUUCGCACACUCGUUUGCAUAUGAAGGUGAACAUGAUCAAGCUAUUACUGCUUAUUCGACUUCCGCGAGAUUGUUCCAGGGAUCACAUCUCCCUUUACUGUUUAUAGGCAUGGAACAUCUGCAACUGUCAGCAUCGCAUCUGGCAGAAGAGUAUUUCAGAGCAGCAGAAGCUAUAAAUGCUUCUGAUCCAUUAUUGUUGAAUGAGUUGGGUGUCGUGGCUUAUAAUAAAGAAGAAUAUGACCAAGCUGCAAGUUAUUUCAGAAAGGCUUUAAGAGCAUCAUGGGCAAUGCAAGGUGUCAAAUCAGUCUGGGCAGUCACUUACUGUAAUCUAGGUCAUGCGUAUAGGCAUAUGAGAAAUUACGAUAAAGCAGAACAUAACUAUCGAUUAACGAUCCGAUUAGAUCCUACAAAUUCAAUUGCAUAUUCAAGUUUAGGUAUGAUCUGGCAACUGCGGGGCGAGAUACGUGAAGCGAUAAAGAUAUACCAUCAAGCAUUGAGUUUAAAUCCACAAGAUCCAAUGUCGACUGUACUGUUGGAAAUGGGAUUAAGGGAGCAGAUGGAAUCUUUGGAUCCGACAACUUUACCGGGACUUCCGGGGAGGUUGGGCGAGAAGGAUUUGGAUCCUUUUGCCGUUCCGAAAGGAAACCCAUCAUUCGGUCCAUUACCUAUCGAGCUUGAUCCAGCUACGUUGGACGACGCAGGUGGUGAGAGUAUAAUACAUCAUCCGGGUCUGGGAUAUACCACUCCGUCUCGUGGGAAUGGAAGUAGGAAUAGGUCUGGGGAUGGAAGUGAAGAAGGGCGAAAUGGGGAUGACAUUGAGGAAGAAGAAGGAGAUGUGGGUGAAGGAAGUACGAUGGAUAUUGAAGAUGAUUAA